GCAAAAUAAUCAGUCCCCCCCAACUUGAAAAAUCUCAGCUGCUUGAAACCCCCCAGCCACAAACCCAAUCCUGAACUAGUGGCUGUGUGGAUGAACUCUGAUUGGAUUCCAGCUACUAUUUGCCAUCCAUUUCUUGCUGAAUUCUCUCUUCUUUAAUUCAUCCUCUCUUCUCCUCUUCUCCUUCAUCACUAGGCAGUAGCCACAGUAGCCAGUAGCUAGCUAGCUUGUCAAGCUAGGAGCUAGCAGCUGUGUGUCGUCGAUGGCAUCCACCGCCGCCUUCCUGUCCACGCUCGCCGGCUCGACCAGCCUGGGCGGCGCCACGCCGGCCAGCGGCGGCGGGAGCGGGAGGAGCAAGACGGCGAGGUUCUUGAGGAGGCGGCGGCGCGGCGGCGCGGUGAGGGCGGCGGUGUCCGGCACGGAGCAGGCGCCGGAGACGACGAAGAAGAAGGGCGGCGGCGGCGGCGGCGGGGACGAGCGGGUGGUGCAGGUGCACAGCGCGGAGGAGCUCGACGGCGCGCUGCGGGCGGCGAAGGAGCGGCUGGUGGUGGUGGAGUUCGCGGCGAGCCACAGCGUGAACAGCAGCCGCAUCUACCCGUGCAUGGUGGAGCUGAGCCGCACCUGCGGCGACGUCGACUUCCUCCUCGUCAUGGGCGACGAGUCGGACGCCACCCGGGAGCUGUGCCGCCGGGAGGGGAUCACCGCCGUGCCCCACUUCACCUUCUACAAGGGCGCCGAGAAGGUCCACGAGGAGGAGGGGAUCGGCCCCGACCAGCUCGCCGGCGACGUCCUCUACUACGGCGACCACCACUCCGCCGUCGUCCAGCUCCACUCCCGCGCCGACGUCGAGUCCCUCAUCUCCGACCACCGCGGCGAGGGCGGCAAGCUGGUGGUGCUCGACGUGGGGCUCAAGCGAUGCGGGCCCUGCGUGAAGGUGUACCCCACCGUCGUGAAGCUGUCGCGCACCAUGGCCGACACCACCGUCUUCGCCCGCAUGAACGGCGACGAGAACGACAGCUGCAUGGAGUUCCUCCGCGACAUGGACGUCGUCGAGGUGCCCACCUUCCUCUUCAUCAGGGACGGCGACAUCGUCGGCCGCUACGUCGGCUCCGGCAGGGGGGAGCUCAUCGGCGAGAUCCUCAGAUACAACGGCGUCAAGGUCACCUAGACAUAUACAGAUUCAUCACUACGCAGCUCAGCUGCAUGCAGCAACCGUAAUUAAAUUAAUUACUGUACUACUCUCUUGAUCAUGAUUGUAAUUUUACACCACCACACUAGCUUGAGAAGAUCAAGCUUGUUUUAUACUGGGGACGAUUUGAUCAAACCUAUCUCGUUGAUUUGGUCCCGUGUAAUACUAGAAUUUUGGAACGUCAAUUGCAAGUUCGAGACUUGAUUUUGCCUAUGAUUGUAUCUGUAUCCAUCCAUCUAUCAUAGGUGGUGUUCUUAUCUCUGAAGAUGAAGAUUAAGUUUUUUUACGCAAAA